AAUGGAGGGGUUUGAGAGGUGGGUUUUGAUAUGCGGAAGGGGUUGUGUGGAUUGCAUUUGCGAUUUGGGUCCGGAGAUGGGGUACGAGGGAAUGGGCAGGACACUGCGGUGUAUAAGACGAGCGGGGCGGUGGAUGGCACGAACACCCUCAACCGCGGCUUCUCCAUGAAUCCAGUCGAUGUCGUCGUUAACCCGUUCCCCCCUUUCUCACCCCACCGGCCAUUGUCUCGAUUCCCCCCCAAAAAACAGCACAAAACUCCUCCGCCCGCAACACAAAUCCUACCUCCUCGCCUCCCUUCCCUCCCUCCCCCGGUGGUUCGUCUCCCUCGACGCCUCCAAGCCCUGGAUCGUCUACUGGCUUCUGCACUCCCUCUCCCUUCUGGGAGUCGAGAUCCCCGAGGAGGUCGGGCGGCGUGCCGUGCGCGUUUUGAAGGGGUGUUGGAGUGAUGGCGGGUUUGGGGGCGGGGUAGGGCAGAUCCCGCAUGUGGCGACGACGUAUGCGGGGGUGAAUGCGUUGGCGAUUGUGGGGACGGAGGAGGCUUAUGAUCUUGUUGAUCGACAAGCCCUCCUCGCCUUCCUCCUCCGCCUCAAACAUAAAGAUGGUUCCUACACAAUGCACGAGGGCGGUGAAGUCGACGUCAGAGGAAUCUACUGCGCGCUCGCAACCGCCAAACUGGUCGGCAUACUCACGUCAGAGCUUUACGAAGGGUCCGCGGCGUUUAUCCAUCGAUGCCAGACCUACGAAGGCGGCAUAGGCGGCGCACCGGGCUACGAAGCACACGGCGGGUACACGUUCUGCGCCGUCGCGGCUCUCGAACUCAUCGACCAGUUAGAAAUCCUCGAUCUCGAUUUAUUAACCCAUUGGCUAGUGUCCCGCCAACUCCCCCUCGAAGGCGGCUUCCAAGGCCGGACCAACAAGCUCGUCGACGGCUGUUAUUCGUUCUGGCAGGGCGGGGCGUUUCCGAUCUUGGAGACUGCGUUGGCGAGGCGAUCAGAGAAACGUGGUGGGGCGAGGGUUGAUAUUUUCAAUCGAGAACGAUUGCAGGAAUAUAUCCUCGCCUGCUGCCAGAACCGAAAGGGCGGGUUACGCGAUAAGCCCGAAAAGUACCCCGACUACUACCACACGUGCUACGUCCUCUCCGGCCUCUCUCUCGCGCAACACAGUUACGCGUGGGACGAGAAGGAGGACGAUAUUGUCGUGCAGGGGGCGAAUGUGGUUGUGGGGGUGAAGGAAAACCUUCUGCAAUCGACACACCCGAUCCACAACAUCCUCCCGAGGCGUGUUGCGAGGAUCAAGGCGCAUUUCGCGAGUUUGCCUGUUGUUGAGUGACCGGGGGAACCUCCCAGGUCGGAGAUUUCACACACACUACGAAAUGCAUGCAUGGCGUUCUGGGUUAGCUGCAACCACGGGGAUCGCACACACGGAGUAGGAAGAUCGUGGGGUAUGAUAGGUUGUGUAGGGCAGAUUUGCUUUUUUUUUGGCUCACAUGUCAGGGGAU